GAUUGUUUUUCCCGAAUGUUAGAGGCUUUUGAAACAUUAUUUUCAACCUUUGGCAUGACUUCAAUGUAAUAGACUUCGAUGGAAUGCAGUAGGAGGAAAAAUAUCAGAAUAAUUGCUAAUAUUACGAUUAUUUGGCAAGCUUGGACUUGGUAUUGUUAUUCCAUUAUUUCCAACUCCAGCUGACAUGCUGACGACAAAGAUGAAGAGACUUUAAAGUUCUCCCUAUUUACUUAGUUUAUUUUUUAAAAUUUACUGGGAUCAUUCACCCUAAAUGACCUCUCAAGGCAGCCGGAAAAUUUUAGAAUUUAUUGAACAUCGUUCCCGUGUAGUGUAACUCAGAGCCUACAGCGCAGAUUCGUGCUCAAGCAUAAACUAAAACCACAACCACAUUCUCUUUGAAACAAAAUGAUACCUUUAACGCACAAGGAUUCGCCUCAGCCGCUACCUUCUCGGCUUCAGCAGAAAGUGAAGGGAUGGAUUCGACUCAUCUUUUCAGACAAAAACUCGCGCAACUUGUUCCUCUUUCUCUUGCUUAACUUUUCAUUUGCCUUUGUGGAGCUUACAUACGGCGUCUGGACCAACUCGUUGGGCCUCAUCUCAGACUCAUUCCACAUGUUCUUUGACUGUACUGGUCUACUUGCUGGCCUUAUUGCCUCAGUCAUCACGAAAUGGAGAGCCAACGAAAAAUAUUCUUAUGGAUACGUCAGGGCAGAGGUGCUAGCUGGUUUUGUGAAUGGCCUGUUCCUCUUGUUCAUCUCUUUCUUCAUCAUGUCCGAAGCUGUCGAAAGACUGAUUGAGCCUCCGGAGGUCAAGCACGAGAGGCUCUUUGUGGUGUCGGUGCUUGGAUUCAUCGUCAACCUGAUUGGAAUUUAUGCGUUCCAGCACGGGCACGGCCAUUCCCAUGGAGGUGGCCACGGACACUCCCAUGGUGGCCACGGGCAUUCGCAUGAAGAGCACGAGCCACUCAGCCACUCACAUGGAGAGGCAAACGGCCACGGACACAACCAUCACGGCCACUCACACGACGCUGCUCCCACUUCAGGGGCCAGCUCGCAAAUUAUGAAGGGGGUCUUUCUGCACAUAUUGGCCGACACCCUGGGCAGCGUCGGCGUCAUCGUGUCAGCGGUGCUGAUGCAGAUGUUCGGUUGGAUGAUCGCCGACCCCAUUUGUUCCAUGUUCAUUGCCAUCCUCAUUGCACUCAGUGUGCUGGCUUUGAUUAAGGAAUCGGUGGAGGUGCUGAUGCAGCGGCAACCAACGUCACUCGACCACAUUUUACCUGGUUGUUACACCAAAGUGAAUCAACUAGAGGGAGUGUUGAGCGUCCAGGAGCCUCACUUCUGGACUUUGUGCAGUGAUGUGUUUGUCGGCGCCCUAAAGGUCGAGGUGGCUCGAAACGCUGAUCCAAAGUACAUUCUUACCCACACGCACAACAUUUUCAACGCUGCUGGUGUGCGACAGCUCUACGUUCAACUAGACUUUGCUGCAAUGUAAAAGGUAGACGCAACACGCAGGGAGAGAGGCCGAAGCUAGCUUCCGUCUCAGUUGCAUUCCACAUACUUGAUGCAUCACUCCUGACAAUUUAUUUAUAUUACUCCACACAUUCAAUAUGCUAAAUCUGCAACUGCAUUCCUACGGUUCCUCUUUUAUUUUGUCUUUCAGUUUCAAGCUGAAACGCCCAGGCAUUUCCAGUUAUUAAAUUUCUAUUUAAUAUCCUCUUUGACUGCUUUGUAAGAUGGGUUGAUUCAUUUAUUCUGUCAAGUAUUGCAUUUUAGUUUUCGUCUGCUGAUUAUCACUCUACAACUGAACACUGAACGCUCAUUUAUUGUGCAAAGUCGAAGCUUUAAAAAUACUAUCUAGACCUAGAUCCGUAUGGUUUAGUGGGUUCACUAAAGAAUAGUCUUGCAAAAUUACCAAACCUCCUCUCCCCCCUCUUAAAAUCCAUGUGCAAUUUCGGAAUGCGAUUUUUGAAAUUUUAUUGUAAGUUUCAAAGAGCAAGAAUUCAAACAGUGUUAAGAAUUGUGUGCUCCAGACGUGGUGCGUUAAAUGUAUGAUUGUGAUACAAGUACUUCCACAAAAAUGUCAUGAUGAAUUUUCUGUAACAUUUAUUUGCAUUGUUUUACGUCUAAGUUUUAAUUUUGAAGUGGCUUUGGAAUAAUUUAAACAUUAACGCAUUGUUACAUUCCGUUAAAAACGCAUUAUGCCCAAAAUAUGUUCAUUGGAGUAACAUUAUUUGUUAAGUCCAUGACUGUUGACGUGGUUCAAGACUUCACUAUCAAUUUUCAAUGUGUGUCUAACGAGUAAAGAUAUUUUUUGUCAAAUCCAUUAUUUAUAUAAUGUCCACAGGGAAAUGUUUCAACUGCCGAUUUCUGUUAAAAAAAAAUACCAGGCAAUUAAAUGUGAAGUGAAAUGCGAAAAUAAUGAAGCCAAUUUGUUAUACAAAUUUAAA